AUGGCCAAGGGUGCGCCCAAGGGCAAGUCUUCGGCUUCGUCGGCCACACGCAAGAAACAGGCCAACAAGGCCGCCAAGAAAGUCGCUUACGAGCGUGAUGAAGACGGCAACCUUUUGCAUCCCGAACUCGCCGAAGCUUUGGAGAAGCAGAAGCAGCAUGGUUUGCAGCGUGGACAGAAGAAAGACAAAUCCAACAAGGAUGGCAAAGGCGGAAAGAAGAGCAAAGCCGAGAAAAAGAAGCAGUACGUUCCCCCUCCCAAACCGCCGCAGCCGCUGCCUGACCCUCUCGAUUCCAUGGGCCUCGCCUCUCUGCUCCCUGCGGAUCUUGUCGUACUUUUACGUAAAGCAUCCAAGAAGGAUGUCAUCACGCGAUGUCGUGCCCUCGAAGGGCUAUUGACUUGGGUCGAAGAUGCACUGGGUAAGUCGACAUCCUCUGCUGCGAGCGAGCCGAACGUCGAUACGUCCAGCCUCAGCUUAGAGCAGAAGAGAGAUGCCCUCGUGAUGAUGCUUCCCAGCUGGGUCCAUCUUUUCCCUCGCUUGGCCUUGUCUCCAACGCGUCGACUACGUCUCUUGACCAUGCAAAUCCACAUCUUGCUGCUUGAAAAGCCACAAGCUUCCUCAAAUGGAAUCUCGUCAACACGUGAAGAGCUGUUGGAAUCACCUCAAUACAUCGAACCCAUCUUGGGUCCCUGGGCCAUUCUCUGCCACGACACGGAUCGCUCUAUCGAACGUCUCGGCCGCUUGGCUUGGACUGAUACUUGCACUUGGAACGAUAAGCAAUCAGCCGACCCGUUCGUGGAAAGAGACAGUACCGUCCAACUGAAUCUCACCGAAUACUGUGACACGCUCGUGGCGCACCUGCGCACCAUUCUCCUAUCGCCCUCUCCAUCCUUUACCUUGUCCAUGACAUCUGCUCAUGCCGUCGCUUCCGGUGAUCCUUCCUUGUCUCGAAACUCUUCAGGCUACGCUACCCCAUCGCUGCAGGUAGGCGGUAUCGAACGAGAUGCUAAGAAUCGAGACGAGAGCAAUGUCGAGGAGGAUACACCAGCACUCGACAAACGCCUGGUCGCUGGUGCCCUCUCCGUGCUGUCCUCAAUCCUGCGCCAAAAAUCAGACGCCGAGUUCGAACAAAGUCUGCAAGAUAUCUUCUCAUCGAGACUUGUGUGGGCUUCUCUGUCGCCUCACAACCUCGCCGCGUCCUCUGCACCCCGAUCUGAGACAGCCACAGCCAUCACCUCGUUCGGAUUCGAUUCUCCUUCCGUACGAUUGCGCGCCUGGACAUUGCUGCGCACUCUCUUCGAAGUAACACCCAACGUUCUUGAACAGCACAUUAACACAAUUGGUAUGGUGGCUAUGUCUUCGGUAUGGUUCGAGCGUGACAAUGCCGUUCAAAGGUCCACACUCGACGCUAUCCUGCCUCUUCUUAAGAAACAUCCCGAACUCUGGCUCAUUGGUGAAAAAAGCAACGAGAGAGGCAAGCGAAGUAAAGCUGACAGCAGCGAUGACGACGAUGACAACGAUCAUGACGAAAAUGAAAGUGAAAAUGACGACGAAAACAACGAUAGCUCCGACACCAGGUCUGACGACCGUGACAUGGAUGCUCAAGACCCCAUCCAGGAAUCGAGUCCCAAGCCGCGAUCGUACACCUCCUUCUUGCAGUGGCUGCAGUCGGCAUGUGGCGGUGCUCCUCACUUGGGCUAUUCAUCCGUCGUGGUCUUCAUCUCCACGAUCCCACCCGAACUUCUCGCUUACGAUAACUUGGAUUCUGCCUCUGAUCUUCUCACCAACUUCUUCUCGGCUUUGUACAGCCGUCCGCUCGACUUUGACCCCGUCGGCUGUCGUGCUUUCUUCACAUCCUUUACCGAAUGCGUCACCUUCAUGGCUUUGCGCAUGAGCCGUGCUGGUCCCAGCAAUGGGAAAGGCAAUGCAGCAUUCGCAAAGGAGCUUGUACGUGUCCACUUUGGCGCUGUCUGGUCAGAAUUGGUACUUCCCAAGGCUAGCUUGCUAACCUCACUCGACAUUGGCUCCGUCGAGGAAGACACCGACGAAGCAGGAAGAGCACAGAGGAUCAAGAAUAUUGGGUCCACACGCAUCGUAUCAGAUCUCGCCGUCCAAGUUCGACGUAUUGCAGCGUCCACAUCCGAGCUCAACGUUGCUGGCCCUUUCCUUGCCGAGACCGAGGUGGAUCUUGUCGAAAUGACUCAGGCUCUCUGCAAUGCGCAAGCAAGGGACGCUAAGGUACUGGCCGCACUUGAACGGGUGACCUCCUUCUACGCUGCGUUGUCCCCGGCCCAAAGUCAAGCUGCGGAUGCAGAGCUUCGGCGCGUCGCAGCAUCCAGUAUUGGACAGGCGAUCAAGCUCGCAGCGUCGGGUCUCGCUGACAUUGGAGCUCAGGACAGCACGCCCUCGGACCUCAAGCGACUACGCACUACCCUGCUUUGCGAUUUCCUGUGCGUUGCGCUGAGAGCUACAGUCAGCGCAUCAGGCGCCCUCGAUACUUCCGUCACUCAGGUAUUGACCAAGGUUUCAGCUUUGUCUAUACCACAACUCAUGGCGACUAGAUGCGUAGCUCCGAAUUCCGCGGCUGCUUUUCUAGCCGCGUAUUUGCCUCUGUGCCCGGACGAACAAGCUCGCGCAUCGAUUUGGACCGAGACACUGUCGUCCGUCGCACUGCUCGCUGAGCUGCGAGAUCGAGUUGAUGCUCUUUCGGAGCUGUUCCUUGCUUCAGAAGCUGUUGCAAAAGCAGCUUUUGCUAACAACGCCAAAGAACUCCAGCUGCCACAACCAGCACCGGAGGCUGGUAUCGAGGAUCUAGCCAUCGGGCUCGUCACGAGCCUGUGCGACAGCGCGGGAGCGCCCAGCGAGCUUCGCUGCCGCCUUCGCGAGGUGAUCUCUAACAUCCUGACCAAACCGGGGUCAUUUGUUGACACGUCAUGCGUCGAAGCAAUGUUGUCGAUCGUCUGUUCUACAAUCGAACAGCUGAGGAAUACUUUACUGGAACGCCCACGCUCAGACGAAGAUAGUCUACUUCGCCGGCGCGUGGCAGCUACUACACAGGACUUGCUGCAUGUGCUUGAUUGCUGGAUCAAAGCUCAAGCGUCGAAAGCCGAUGUUCGACGAACCCUUAAAGCCCCGUCCUUCACAGGUGUGCUGGUUGCUGUCUCAGAGCUGGUUCAUCUCUACCAUGACUGUGGCGAUCCAAGCGCAUCGCCAAACGACUGGGUCAGCAAGGCAUAUCCCUCCGAAGUACGCGCUUUGGCCUUUUCCGUGCUACAACAUGUUUUUGAGGGAUCCUCCGAGCAGGAGUUAAAGGAGAUGCGGAAGCAGGAGAUGGCAAGCCUUCAAGACCAUUUGCUGGACAUUCACGUACCUGUCAUUCGUCUGGUGAAUGCCGCUGGAUACGAAGCCUCGCCGCUUCCAGAACCGUUGGAGCUCCGCGAGAUGUUACUGAAGUCUUGUCGUCAGACAACCCAUCCAGCACUGAUGGUUUUUGACCCACUAGUUCCACACCAGCGUACCUCGGAGAAGCCCUCUGCAACCUCAGACUCGCUAGUUGAUGGCCAGGGUCUCGGCAUUUUCGCUCGUGUCUGUGCUGCUGCUCUUCUGAUCCUCGACCAGGAUCGCGCAGAGGCCAAGAAGCUCGUACAUCUACUGCCCUACGUCAUUCUGCUUUCCAUUUUCAUCGAAGAUGAUUUGCUGCUUCCAGGCUCAUCCAAGCAUGCGCUCGACUCGUCAGUGCUUCCCGAAGCGCACCGUGCAUGGCUGCAAUCCUCAGUGACUGCUGCCACGGCUCUGAUCUCGUCACUCAGCUACUCAGUCACCGAGAACUGGCACAACGACAUGGUUAUGACUCUGCAGCGCUCGAGCGUCAUCGAUGCCGAAAAGGACGGCAUCGGUCACGUACUUACUGCGGUAUGGAAGAUGUCGUCAGAAGCUCAUGUGCCAAGCAGCUACCUGGCUCGCGUUUUCCAUCGUCUGCUCAACGCUGCUUUCAGCUUCGGUACUGUCACGGAAGCUGGUGCUGAUCGCUGGCUCAAGCUCGGCGAUGCAGUACAAGACCGCAUGCCAGCCAUGGCUUCCGCCAUCUUCCAUGCAGCCAAGCCAAUCGCUGGCUCGUCUCCUAUCUACGAGCGCCUGCGUAAUGGUGCUGCUGCUAAGCUCGCAGCACUCGGAUCAAAUACAGCCGGAGACAGCAUCUUGCAUUCACUACGCACACUUGUGGCACUCGCGCCGCCGGUCGACUCUGGUCUCGCUCUUAUUCCACAGCAGCGGGCGAUGAUGCUGCUUAAAGAUCUGCAAAAGUGGUAUACCGAUGAAGAAAACAGCGGGGACGCUGAGGAAGAGACAUCAACUCGUCUGGCCGAGCUGUUUGUUCAUCUGCUUCCUGUGGUUCAAGAUGUGCAAGGCAGUCAUAUUGACUUUAUCUUCGAUACACUCGAGACAAAUUUGGAAUUCUGCUCACUCGCCGAGGACGAUACGGUAGCACAGCUGUACCACAAUCUGCGACUGCUCGAGACGAUGUGCGACUUGGCUUCGACUAACGCGAAUCUGCGAGAAUACUGGAAGAAUCGAAGCGUCGCCUCGGUGGAUUUGGUUCGCGAUCAGUUCCUUUCGCUGGCUGGCGUGCAGUCGAUCUCGGCACCCAAGCAGGCAUGUGUCGAUGUGAUCGUUGAGCUGAUCCGCGAGACGUCAGAGGCGCCCUUUAAGUUGCAAGAAACAGCGGGUGCUCUGAGCAAGCUUCUGGUGCAGAGUCCAAGCCACGAGGUCCAGGUGAUCAGCUACCGUUUGCUGAGUGGCGCAAUCCGGGAGCAUGUAAAGGAACUUGUGGUCGAGUCGGCAGUAGACCGAGAGUCGCUCGCCACAGAGGAAGGACAGAGAAAGCUCAAGCUUCCGGAGGCGCUGGUUGCCAACGUUGGCGACAAUCUUGGCACUCAGCUGAACGUGCUCGUGGAGGAAGGAGCUGCUCGUCGCACUGCGUUUGGCUACUUUCUCAGCUGGAUCGCGGUGUUUGACCACUUUGAGGGCGCGUCGUUGUGGGUGAAAUCUGCGUUUUUGAGCGAGAUCGAAAAGCGGGAUUUGUUGGUCGAGUCGCUGUUGCCUAGCGUGUUUGCACUGGUGGGAUUGGCGGAUGAGAGUCGACGAGGGUUUGAUCCAAGUCGGUUUGUUCUGGAAGAGGUGUUCCUGGACCAGAUUGACGCCGAAUCGUCACUGACCGUGUUGCAAGUGUUGGCAGCACACGUGUACUUGCGAGCGCUCAUUCACAUGCCUACGACGGUUCGCAGCUGGUGGAUUGACAUCAAGGACCGACAGCAUUCUAUGCAGAUUGCCAGCUUCACCACGCGGUACGUGUCGCCGAUCAUUGCCAAGCGCGAAUUGUCGCACCUGCGCGAGCCGGAAGCGCUGUCGAAAUUGCAAGACGAGGCGCUGUCGAUCAAGAUUCUAUCGACCAACGAAGUGAUCGCCACAUACGUGGUCGAUGAACACCCUAUGGAAAUAGGCGUCAAGAUCCCCGCCGACUUUCCGUUGCACGGCGUCGAAAUUCGCGACAUCCAACGCGUCGGUAUUACUGAAGCCAAAUGGCGAUCCUGGCUCCUAGCCGUACAGCAGCUCAUCACAGGUCAGAACGGCCUUAUCUUUGACGCGCUCAGCCUGUUCAAACGCAAUGCCGAGGUCCAGUUCCAGGGCUUGGACGAGUGUGCUAUUUGCUACUCUAUCAUCUCACCGAUGGACAGGAGCUUGCCUACAAAGCCGUGCAAAACCUGCAAGAACAAGUUCCAUGCAGGCUGUCUGUUCAAGUGGAUCUCCACGAGCGGGGCCAGCACGUGCCCGCUGUGCCGAUCCAUCCUGUAG